CCUGGGAUGAAUUUGAUAAAAGACGUGGAGACAUUACAAAAAAUAAAGAAAGGAAUAGGUGUCAAGCUAAGGAAAUCACGCGAAAAGCAAUCAUACCGAGUUUUUGAUACAUUUUUAUAUGCAAGUUUACGGCAGAACAAUGCAUUAUCAGAUUCAAUCAUACAACAGGCGAAUCGCUUAAGGAUUGCUUUAAAAUGGAGCAUCAACGACGAGAUUAUUGAAAAUCUUCAAAAGCUAUCAAAAUUAAUGAGCUAUUGGAACGAACAGAAGAAAGAAACUAUAAAAAAUUCUGAAGAUAUGAAUGCUUACAUUAAUGAAUAUUCAAACAAUAUAAAUUACAGUCCUUCGAUAAUACUUAAGAACUUCCAACAUGAACCUUACCUGAACAUUUACUUACUUAAACAGAAAUCGGCGGAUUCCUUGGACACAAAAAAUUUAGGGGAAAAUGACUCCAUUAACAAGUACGCUGAAAAUAUUCAAAAGGAAGCGAAGAUUGGGUGUGCAAAAUUAGAAGCGAAAUAUAACGCCGAUGAAGGGGCAAAACCACGAUUAAAAGAAACAGUAAAAGGUGAUGAUACAUGUAUGAUGAGAGCGCUCGUGGCGGGACAUUUUAAAGACGCGGAGAAAGAAAUACCUGGGAAACACUUGAAUGAGAAACUAGGCUGCCCGAAGUCGAAGUGGACGGAUGGAGAGGAUGUUGAGGACGAUAUUAUUGAUUAUUUGAAUACGGCGGUGCGUCGCAGAGACUUUCCCUUACAACCGGUAGAGAUCACGGUGUUCAUGCAGCCGAGUUCUCAUCCUUACCACUUAUUUGGAAUACCGUGGAAUAUGCUUAAACGGGAAAUCAACAGGAUUCUGACGUUCGCGAGAUAUCCCAAGGACGCCGUAAAGUCAGCUCUGCUUUUGGCGGCUCAAGGUUUUGUUUACAUCGGUACAGGUCAAGGGUCAGAUGAUCAGGUCAAAUGUUGUUUUUGCUGUGGCGAGAAGAGAAACUGGGGGAUACUAGAUGUCAUCCAAGAGGUGCAUAGGCGUAUCUCUCCUAACUGUUCGAUGGUUACCGGUGUCGAUUGUGAUAAUGAUCCCAUAAGUACAACAAGUUAUUUGUCUCAUCCCGCAAAUCCUCUCAAUACAUCCGAGUUAAUAGCAUCAAAUAACAACGGAGAGCUCUGUGAUAACUUACAAACCGACUCAGUUCUUGAUGCUGCACAACCGUCUAUACAUGUCACACCACGCGAAUUUCAAGGUCGCAAAACUCCAAAUAAUCAAGACGAUAGACGAAAUCCAACUGCUGGUAAUACCACAAUGUUGAAUUACCCACCUGGUCAUACCGAUCAUUUCUCGGUGACCCCUCCGGGUAAUAAUUUUGUCCAACUCGAUCCCCAAGUGCGACCUGCUAGCGUUCCGACAAGGUCUACCCUUGCCCCCCAGGUUUUGGUAGAAACUGCAAGCCGUACGCAGACCCCGAGAAAUGAUUUAAAUGCCCCAAUGUCAGACAAUCCACAGAGGACACAGGUCCAUAUUUCAAACGCCUCCCGUCCCUCAUCGAAUUUAGCGUCUGAUUUGAACGAAUCUCAAAUUACUACUAUGCCCACAACCGUACCACAAGGCGCCACCGCAGCAGAGAUUACUACCCCCACAGUCCAGACACCGCCGCCAGCUUCAGCCACCAAUAAACCAGAUGAAAAUCCCAACAACCCCAACGGACAACAAGGUACCGCCCACAGCGUCCAAACAGGUAGUCCAGGCAGUGGAAGCAACAACACCGGCAGCAACAAAGCACCGACCUACUCCGAGCUCGGGAUCAUCACGGAGAGGC